AUGGGGAAGAAGAAGAUGUCCUUGAAGCCCGUACAAAGGGGUUUCGCUACCACCUCGACGGCCUCAAAAAAGCCUGAGCCAGCACCUGAACCUGCUCAGAAAGAAGAAGAGGUCAAGGAUACUUCCACCGAAGGGACUCAGAAUAGUCAACUGAAAGACGAGAAGCCUGAUAUACCUGCUGUCAACAAGCAGGAAGCUGACUGGGAGGAUGACGAGGCUAUGGAAAAAGCAGCUUUGCAAUCCCUGGUGGACAAGCUACACGAGAAAGGAGAGAAGGAGGUCGCUCGUGUAGUCAAGACUAUCGAUACGAGACGAGGUGCUAGAGUUAUUUCAGCAGAAAAUGGAAAGAUAGCGGACGAUCUAUCAACUGUGGUACCCAAAACAAUCCCUCAUUCUGUACUUGGAACAGAUACCGAGAAAAGCCUUUUACGAUUCUACAUAAUCUACCAUAUCCUGAAGAAGCUUGGUUUCCGGGACGAAAGGAUCGAGCAAUGCUUGCUGGAGGGACUGUACGAGAAUGAUUCCUGGGAAGAAGCUUUAGAAUGGAUGUGGACUCACUUGACCGAAGAUGAAUGUUUACAGAAAGGAGAUUAUGCUAUGAAAGAAGCGCCCGCCUUAGUACAGGCAGAAGAACCUCUGCUUGAGCUGCCCACAUCGGACCACACAACACCUCUGCCCGAAGUCACCAAACCUAAAGCACCUCAGCAGUCAAUUCAACCCUCUAAUCCCUCCUCAACAGCACCAACAUCCCUAUUCCAAUCCCUUGAUCACUCCCCCGCUUCCGAGUCUGACGAAGAUGACGACUUCGAUUCGAACAAGAUUAACGAGACAUGGGCGAAGCUUUCACUGGAACGUGAUAACCUCAAACUUGCGGCUGGGGGGAACAAGGGAAAGGGAAAGAAAGGCAAAGGGAAUGGGGUAAUUCUAGAGACCCCCGAGAUGAGGCAGCUGAAAGACAAGAUAGGCAAGGUGGAGAAGGAAUACUUGUUUAGUCGGAAAGAUGCUGAUGUCAUUUUUAAAACCCUCAAAUCGCAGAGAGAUGCUGCGGCACUUGCAGCUAGGCUGAAAGGAACUUCCAUCAAGCCCGACGAAGACAGCAAGAUCGCAUCGGAACACCCUUCACCCGCGCCUGACGAAACAUCACCCCAGACAGAGGACAUUUUUAGCGGGUCUGGAGAUGAAGAUGAAGGUGGACUAUUUGGAGGAAUGCUGGACGAACCUGCUGAGCCCCAGGUAUUUGAGGAGCCUUCAACCUCGAAUACCUCUAUUACGGUCCGCUCGAUGGCUAUUCCCAAAUCCUCUUUUGCCGGAAACAUCCCCAAGAAUAUACUCAAAUCCGCUGUCACCAAACAAUCGAAACAAGCUGUGUUCACCUACGCCAAAUUAUCUGGUGGGAGUCGUGCGGCUCGAGCUGGUCUUGAGAUCCGCUGGUCUACUGGUAGGAGAAAAGUGUGGCGUAUGGACGACAUCGCCUGUAAUGACAUGGCAGAAGCUGAAAAUUACGUUUCUACCCUCGCACUCAACGAUCUUUCGGCUGACGGUACGCUUUCGGGAAUCAAUUGGAGAACUAUGCCACCUGAUUAUAGGGAAUUAUGGGAGGAACUAGAAGUCAAGAGGAAGGAGCAAGAAGAUGUUGGUAAGAGGGAGAUUUGGGCGAGGAUAAAAGCUUUGUAUGAGAAGAAGGCUGUUGAACCGAUAGCAGUACCAAAGACGGAUGUUGCCGUUAAGACCACAUCUACCGGAACAUCCACGCCGACUGCCCGAGGCGAACAAAGAUCAGUCGAUCGCUUCUCCCAGCAGCUACAAGAUGACUUCGAGAAGCGCAGGUCAUCUCCUUCAUAUCAGAAAAUGCUACAACAGCGGAAUACCUUACCGAUUGCAUCCUUCCGAGAACAAAUCGUAUCAGCCCUUGAGGAAUCCCAAAUCAUCGUUCUCAGCGGAGAGACUGGUUGCGGUAAAUCGACUCAACUUCCUUCUUUCAUCCUUGAGGAUCAGCUUUCCAAAGGUAGACCUUGCAAGAUCUACGUCACCGAACCAAGACGAAUUAGUGCUAUAUCACUUGCUCAGCGAGUAUCGCAAGAAUUAGGCGACUCUGCAGGUGCUAUGGGUACAAACUCCUCCUUGGUCGGUUACUCUAUCCGACUGGAAGCUAAAGUAUCACCAGCCACUCGUCUCGCUUUCGUUACCAAUGGUAUUGCCCUACGUAUGCUUGAAAGUGGAUCGUCAGGAGGAUCUAAAGGAACAGCUUUCGACGAAGUCACGCAUAUCAUCGUAGACGAAGUACACGAAAGAUCCAUCGAAUCCGAUUUCCUCCUUAUCGUGCUCAAGAACCUAAUUCAACAACGAAAAGACUUGAAAGUGGUGCUCAUGUCAGCUACCGUAGAUGCAGAGAAGAUAUCGAAUUUCUUCGGCGGAUGUCCUUUCCUUUCUGUUCCUGGACGGACUUUCCCCGUUCAGGUAAACUAUCUUGAAGAUGCUGUUCAGGUAACAGAUUGGCACAUCGAGGAAGAUUCCCCUUACGCAGUCAGAGGGAGAAACUUCAAGCCUGCUGGUCAGAUGGUAGAAUGGAAUGAAGAAGGGGCAAAAUCCGAUUCUGACCCAUCAGACGAUGAAGAUGAUGAUGGUAAAAGUCGUUCAUCCAAUCCUGCGAAACUGUCCUCUACCAAAUACUCUUCGAACACCGUAUCAACUCUCAAUCUACUAGACUCUCGGCAGAUACCUUACGAUCUCAUCGUUCGCCUGCUCGAGAAGAUAUGUUACGAGGAUCAGAAUCUCGUUCCUUUCUCACAGGCUACUUUGGUGUUCAUGCCUGGUCUUGCAGAAAUUAGGAAAUUGACUGAUUUGCUCCAGUCCCACCCCGCUUUCGGAAGUAAGGAAUUCGUUGUAUAUCCCUUACACUCCACGAUCAGCUCCGAAGGACAGAGCGCAGUAUUUGAUAUACCCACGAAGGGAGUCAGGAAGAUUGUGAUCUCGACGAAUAUUGCUGAAACCGGUGUGACCAUCCCCGAUAUCACCUGCGUCAUUGAUAGCGGUAAACAUCGAGAAAUGCGCUACGAUGAAAAACGUCAAUUAUCCCGACUCGUCGAAACGUACAUCGCCCGAAGUAACGCUAAACAGCGGCGAGGUCGAGCUGGUCGAGUACAAGAGGGUCUCGCUUUCCACCUCUUCACCAAAGCCAGACACGAUACUCAGCUUGCCGAACAUCCUAUACCUGAGAUGCUCCGACUCUCCCUUCAAGAUCUCGCUCUACGAAUCAAGAUACUCAAAGUACCACUCGGAAAGACCAUCGAAUCCGUUCUUCUGCAAGCUCUUGAUCCACCAUCACCAGUGAACAUUCAGCGUGCCAUCUCCUCUCUGGUCGAGGUGAAAGCACUCACAAUCAACGAAGACAUCACUCCAAUGGGUCGACUACUAUCGAAAUUACCGAUGGACGUUCAUCUCGGAAAAUUCUUACUCGUCGCAGCUAUGAUGAGGUGUCUCGAUCCAGCUCUGACUAUCGCCGCCACACUCAACUCAAAAUCGCCUUUUGUCACCCCCUUCGGGUUUGAGGCUUUAGCCGAGAACGCGAAGAAGAGCUUCGCCGUUGGGAACAGCGAUUUCCUGACCAUCGCCAACGUGUUUGAUAGUUUUAGGAGAGCUUCGGAGAAUCCUGCGUUUGUGAGAGUAUUCUGUAAGAAGAAUUUUGUGUCGUUACAAAACUUGCAACAGAUCGAAGAGCUUCGUCAACAACUACUAGCAUAUCUCGUUGACUCGUCUUUCGUUGAUGCUACCCCGGAGCAACGUCGGGAAGUCAGCCAAGCACGUUUCUCUCGAGGCGUUCGUACUCGAUUCGUCAACGUUCCUCCUGAGUUCAAUAUCAAUGGGGCCGAUGUCAAUAUACUAGGAGGUGCAUUGGCCGCUGGGUUAUAUCCUAAGCUGCUAUCCCUUGAUCCCUCAUCUGGUGGUGGCUUAAAGACCAUCAUCAAUCAACAGCCCGUAGCUAUACACCCCAGCUCGGUCAACUUCAAAGUCCCAAAAUCCGAUUUUGGAACGAAUUAUUUGGCAUACUUCACCAUCAUGCAAUCCAAGAGAUUAUACGCGUGGGAGACUGGACCAGUGGAUGAUAAAGCUUUAGCGCUACUAUGUGGUGAUAUAGCCGAUUUCAGGAUACCUGCUUCAUCUCUCCAUCUCGACCGAAAGAUACGAUAUCACGUCUCUCCCAAAACUGCCAUAGCCAUCAAGCUGCUCCGAGAACAGUUCGCUGCAGCCAUGUCAACACGGCUGAGGGGGAAGAAAUUGACGGGAAGUCAAGAAAGAUGGUUUGAGCUGGGUAUGAAAUGCUUGCGAGUCGCUGUCGAUGAGGAGGAAGCUAGAGUGGGGUUAAAGUAG